UGUGUGUGUGUGUGAGAGAGAGAGAGAGAGAGAGAGAGAGAGAGCAGGACCUGCGAGAAGAGCAACGAAAAGAAAAAGAGGAGAGCAAAAACGGAACAACGACACAAAUGGCACUCAUGGCAGGGAUUUUGUGCGCGGCCACCUUUCUCGUUUUUGGGAUCUCUACGUUUGUGUCGCCCGCUCGGAUUUACCCCCCGAAUGAAGUCACGUUAUUGGACUCCAGAUCCGUGCAGGGGGAGCUGGGAUGGGUCGCCAACCCGACAGAAGGAGGGUGGGAGGAAGUGAGUAUCAUGGACGAGAAGAACAUUCCCAUUCGGACGUACCAGGUGUGUAACGUCAUGGAGCCAAGCCAGAACAACUGGCUCCGCACCGACUGGAUCCCGCGCGGCGGUGCCCAGCGCGUCUACAUCGAGAUCAAGUUCACGCUCCGAGACUGCAACAGCCUGCCGGGGGUCAUGGGGACCUGCAAGGAGACCUUCAACCUCUACUACUACGAGUCCAACAAUGACAAGGAGCGCUACAUCCGCGAGAACCAGUUUGGCAAGAUCGACACCAUCGCCGCCGACGAGAGCUUCACCCAGGUGGACAUCGGCGAUCGCAUCAUGAAGCUGAACACCGAGGUGCGAGACGUCGGCGCCCUGACGCGGAAGGGCUUCUAUUUGGCCUUCCAGGACGUCGGCGCGUGCAUCGCACUCGUGUCCGUCAGGGUCUUCUACAAGAAAUGCCCUUUGGCCGUGCGCAACCUGGCCCAGUUUCCCGACACCAUCACUGGAGCCGAUACGUCGUCGCUCGUGGAAGUGCGCGGCUCGUGCGUGGAUAAUUCCGAGGAGAAGGAGGUUCCCAAGAUGUACUGCGGUGCUGACGGAGAGUGGCUGGUGCCCAUUGGGAACUGCCUGUGCAACCCUGGAUAUGAGGAGCGCAAUGCAGAAUGCCAAGCCUGCAAGAUCGGCUACUACCGCGCCCUGGCCACCGACGGCCUCUGCGCCAAGUGUCCGCUCCACAGUUACUCGGUCCGCGAGGGAUCCACCUCCUGCGUCUGCGACAAGGGAUACUUCCGCUCCGAGACGGACCCGGCGUCCAUGCCCUGCACCCGUCCUCCGUCGGCGCCCGUCCACCUCAUCUCCAACGUGAACGAGACCUCUGUGAACCUGGAGUGGAGCGCGCCCCGCAGCUCGGGCGGGCGCCAGGACCUGACGUACAACGUGGUGUGCAAGCGCUGCGGGCCCGACGGCCGGCGCUGUCAGGCCUGCGGCAACGGCAUCCACUUCAGCCCGCAGCAGCUGAGCCUGAAGGGGAACCGGGUGUCCAUCAACGAGCUGCAGGCCCACACCAACUACACCUUCGAGGUGUGGGCGGUGAACGGAGUCUCGCCCCAGAGCCCCGGGCCCGAACAGGCCGUGUCGGUGACCGUCACCACCAACCAGGCUGCUCCAUCUCCAGUGACGUCCAUCCAGGGCAAGGAUAUCACCAGACACACCAUCUCACUGUCCUGGCAGCCACCGGACAGAGCCAAUGGGGUCAUCUUGGAGUAUGAAGUCAAGUACUAUGAGAAGGACCAGAAUGAAAGAAGCUACCGCAUCAUAAAAACAUCCUCCCGCAGCGCCGACAUCAAGGGCCUCACCCCGCUCACUUCCUACGUCUUCCACGUGCGCGCUCGCACCGCCGCGGGCUACGGGGAAUUCAGCGGCCCGUUUGAGUUCAUGACCAACUCCGUCCCGGCUCCCAUUAUUGGCGACGGGGCCAACUCCACGGUGCUGCUGGUGUCGGUGGUGGGCAGCGUGGUUCUCCUCAUCAUCCUCAUCAGCGCUUUCGUCAUCAGCCGAAGAAGGAGUAAGUACAGCAAGGCCAAGCAGGACUCGGACGAGGAAAAGCACUUGCAUCAAGGAGUGAGGAUAUACGUCGACCCCUUCACCUACGAGGACCCGAACCAAGCCGUCCGCGAGUUCGCCAAAGAGAUUGACGCCUCCUGCAUCAAGAUCGAGAAAGUCAUCGGCAUCGGGGAGUUCGGCGAGGUCUGCAGCGGCCGCCUCAAGAUGCCGGGCAAGAGGGAGAUCUGUGUUGCCAUCAAGACCCUGAAGGCCGGCUACACCGACAAGCAGAGGAGGGACUUCCUGUCCGAGGCCAGCAUCAUGGGCCAGUUCGACCACCCGAACAUCAUUCACCUCGAGGGCGUGGUCACCAAAUGUAAGCCAGUGAUGAUAAUCACGGAGUACAUGGAGAACGGAUCGCUGGAUGCAUUCCUGAGGAAGAAUGACGGACGCUUCACCGUCAUCCAGCUGGUCGGGAUCCUGCGCGGCAUCGCGUCGGGCAUGAAGUACCUGUCGGACAUGAGCUACGUUCACCGGGACCUGGCGGCUCGCAACAUCCUGGUCAACAGCAACCUGGUGUGCAAGGUGUCCGACUUCGGCAUGUCCCGAGUGCUGGAGGACGACCCCGAGGCUGCGUACACCACCAGGGGAGGGAAGAUCCCCAUCCGCUGGACGGCCCCGGAGGCUAUCGCUUACAGGAAGUUCACCUCGGCCAGUGACGUGUGGAGCUACGGCAUCGUCAUGUGGGAGGUGAUGUCAUACGGCGAGCGGCCAUACUGGGAUAUGAGUAACCAAGACGUGAUCAAGGCCAUUGACGAGGGCUAUCGGCUGCCGCCGCCCAUGGACUGCCCCGUGGCGCUGCACCAGCUCAUGCUGGACUGCUGGCAGAGGGAGCGGGCCGACCGGCCAAAGUUUGGACAGAUCGUCAACAUGCUGGACAAGCUGAUCCGUAAUCCCAACACUCUGAAGAGGACCGGGGGAGAGGCGGCCGCCAGGCCCAACACCACCCUGUUGGAGCCCGGCAGCCCAGAGCCGUGCUCGGCCGUGGGCACAGUGGAGGACUGGCUCCAGGCCAUCGGCAUGGAGAGAUACAUGGACAACUUCACCGCCGCCGGCUACACCACGCCAGAGGCUGUGGUCCACAUGACACAAGAGGACAUGGCUCGCAUAGGCAUCUCCUUGGCAGCGCACCAGAACAAGAUCCUGACCAGCGUCCAGGGAAUGCUGUCCCAAAUGCAACAGAUGCAAGGCAGAAUGGUUCCGGUCUGACGGAUUCCGACAAAGAGAAAGGAAAAAAGGAAGCAAAGCGACUUUCGUUUCAUAUGGAAAAAAAUAAAAAUAAAUAAAUAACAAAAAAUUAAAAAAAACAUUAAAUAUAAAAUAAAAGAGACAAAUAAACUAUGAAGAAAUAGUUUACCUCAUCCAUGCACUUUAAAUUGGAUCUAAAAGAAAAGAAGACAUCGAUGAAGAAGAAGAAAAAAGUGGGGAAAAUGGCACUUUUUUUUUUUUUUUUUUUUUAAAUCAGACCUUUACCUUUGCCCUUUUUAUGUUGUUUGGGAGAAUGGGGCACUUCUGUCUGCAGCAUUUAUGGAUGGAUGAAGGGGCGGCUGGAAAAGUGCUUCCGAGAGGCCAAUCUGGAGUGCCUUUAAUGGUCUGGAAGGAAAAGCAAGGAACGGGGGGGAACCAUACCUUUCUUCCUCGUCUGGGGCAGAAUGUUGUUUCUGGAACUUUCUCUUUCUGGAAUAAUCCGCAGAGCAGAUUUUUUUGAUUUCCUCUGACUGUGUUUGUUGUACAUGAAUAGAUUCCGUGGGACUCGCCGGCUGCCCCCCAGCCAGCCACCGUUGUUCCCUCUCUCAGCUGGAUCUGUUUGGAAUCCCGCGGACAGAACGGAGGAUCCUACCCGUCCGACAUAUGAACAGUCAAUCUCGGAGAGGUUGAGGGUUUGGAUUCCGAGGGGAGGGGUUUUGUUUUGGGCCGCUUCUCCGUUGCUUUGUUUCGCUCUUGUUUUUCUCCCAGAACGUCGUGUUUUGUUGCCCUCAGGACGUUGCAGAGAAUGUCUUUUAUCUUCCAGAGGAGCCUUCCCACUCCCCUGUCUUCCCAAAAAUGCUCUCCCACACCUCACAUAAACACACAGUUUGGAUUCUUCCAUCCAUCUCCCCCGUCUGAAUCAAAGCGCCGUCCCGUCCCCCCCCCCCCCGGUGCCACUGCAGGAGCCAACGUCUCUUCCUCCCCACUUCUGGACGCCUGUUUGGACCAAUUGAAUUCGCCUUCAUGAACUGGACCCGAGGACGAAGGAAUUUAUCGGCAGGAUUUUACCAGGCGGCAAAGGCAAAAAUCUGGAGGGCAGAGUCCGUCCCAAUCCUCAGCAUUAUCAUCGCCAAGACAACGCACUCACCUGUACUCGAACCACCACCCAGGUGAGGAUCAAUGCUGCUGCCGUCCAUCAUGACCAGGAUCCCGGGCCUCGCUCGCCACGACCAGGAUCCUUCCUCCUCUUCCUCUUUUGUCUUCCUCCUCCUGCUAACCCACCCUCCUCGGACACAGAGAUGACAAUUCCCUCCCCCGGCGCUGCUGGGACGCCCACCGUCACAACACGUCAAACUUGACAAACUAUAGCCACCGUCUGCUUGUGGCCAUCCAGCAAUGUACUGGGAUUACUAUGAAUGAUUCAACAGCAUCAAAAAAAAAAGGAAAAAAAAGAGACAAUACGAAGAAUGUAAUAUAAUAGAGAAGCCCUGCUCCAGCGGAUAAUGUGCUUUUAUUUUGAAAGUUUCAUUUUAUUUUGUGAUUUUUUUUUAAUUUUUUAUUGCUUAGUUCUGUUUGCAUGUAAAGUAACACGUGUUUGAUUUGAGCGUGCGAAUGUGAUGAAGUGUGUGCAUGUGUGUGCGUGUGUGUGUGUGUGUGUGUGUGUGUGUGUGUGUGUCGAGCUGUAUGAGUGAAAUGUCUUUGAAGUACUAUCAGUAACUGUGUCUGUUUUCAUGCCACUGUGGAGAAGGAAGAGAUAACAGAGUUGUAUUGUUUUUUUUAUACAUAUGAAAAAAUGAACUUUUUCUUUUUUGCUUUUGUGUUGUUCUUAAAAAACAACAACACACAAUUUAAGGGUUCAAUUUUCUUCUUUUUCUUCUCCCGUCGCGCCGAACUCUACGUGGCAACGGCAUUUUAUCAAACGGCUUCCUGGAAUGCAACCGAUCUCUGCUCUGGCAGCGACAGCGGCUCGCAAACGGACAAAACGCAUCGAGCGCAGACUGGAGUUGGGACUCCGCGACGCGUCGGAGGCCAUCGCUCUGUUGAAGUGGGAGCAGUUUGAAAAGUCGCACUUGUGUUAAGGAUCAGAGAAGUGAGGAAAGAAGCGUUGAAGAAGGGAAAACUGUCGGUUAUUUUAAUUUCAUUUUUUCCAGAGCACAUCAUAUCGCUACAGGUUUAACUCAAUGGACUGCAUUCCUUUUGUUCCUUUAUGUCUUUUAAAAUAUACUUUUGUGAAUGUUUUUGAACUCCUUAAUGACACGUCAUAUAAUUCAAAACACCUCCGCCCUUAAUACAGCUCUACUUCCUGUUUUGGCAAUUUUUUAAUUUUUUUUUUUGGCGUAAAAAGGACCUGUUUGGAAAUAUGCAAGACAUGUUGGGAAGGAGAAGGAAACCAGAAUGUACUGUAAAAUACUUUUUUCCUUUACUUAAAUGUCGGAAGAUUUGAAGAAAAAAACAAAAAAAAACAAAUGAGAAAAAAAAUGUAACAACCCACCAGAGUUAUUGUUCGUCAUUGUUUGCCUUCCGAUGCCGAGUGAUCUAAAACACGUAGAUCUAACAUCUUCUAUCAUCUUUUUUUGUACUUUUUUUUUUUUUUUUUUGACAUGUUCAUAAUUUUUUGGGGGCUUUGUUUUUUUUUUUUGUUUUGUUUUCUUGUCAAGGAGCUCUAGGUACAUGUAACUUAUGUCAUUUAUUUAUGUCCUUUUAUAUCUAGUUUGUAAAAUAAUAGCCUAAAGUGAAGAAAAUAAAAGGGGUGCCAAAGUGCAUUCUUAUUAAAGUAGAAACCAUA